UGGCUGUAACGUACCAGUUUGUUUGAUACCUCUAAAGUUUGAGAAAUAUGUUUCAGUUUGUGGUUUUAGGGUUUCUUUGGGUACUGGGAGGGGCCUCAGUGUCUGGGGCUGCCUUGGAGAAGUACCAAGUGCAUGUUAAAAAAGAAUGCAGCUUUACUAGAUAUCCCAGCAUUUGUGUUCAAACCUUGAUGGGGUUGGGUGGUUCUGGGCAACAGGAUCCUCAACAGGUUGAUAUAAUGUUGGCUCUUGUCAACAAGACCAUUUAUGAGACCCGGUUGGCCACCUCCGAGUUUUCCCAAUUCAGCUCCAAAGUAUCUGAAGUCCGUGAAGCUCAACCCGCUCACCAUUCUGUCAAAGACUACUGUGAAGAGUUAAUGACCAUGUCCUUGAAGCGCUUAGACCAAUCCCUGAUAGCUCUCAAGAAGUCUCCCUUGAAAAAAAAGCAAGACAUUCAGGCAUGGCUAAGUGCCGCCUUGACUUUCCAAGAAACGUGCAAGGACUACGCCGCCGACCACGGCCUCAGCCUCACUAGCUCCGAGAAUCUCAGGGUCGACCUUUCCAAGCGCAUAGAUUAUGCCUCUCAGUUGGGAAGUAAUCUAUUAGCUCUCGUCAACCGUGUUACAAGUAUCGGUACGCCGAAGAACACAAUUCGCGAUAAACAAGCAGAGGUUUUUCCCAAAUGGGUUUCGCCGAAGAACCGGAAACUACUUCAGGCAACCACAGUCAAAGCGAACGCAGUGGUUGCACAAGAUGGAUCAGGGAACUAUAAGACUGUGUCGGAGGCUAUUCAGGCAGCUUCAGGGGGUCGGUUUGUGAUUUAUGUGAAGGCGGGAGUUUAUAAGGAAAAGAUUAAGACUAACAAAGAUGGUAUUACGUUGAUUGGAGAUGGAAAGUAUUCGACUAUUAUUACUGGGGAUUCUAGCGUCGCUAAAGGUGCUUCGAUGCCUGGCUCAGCUACAUUCACCGUAACAGGAGAUGGGUUCAUAGCUCGAGAUAUUGGUUUCCAAAACACAGCAGGCCCUGAUGGAGAACAAGCCUUAGCUCUGUACAUCUCUUCUGAUCACUCAGUUCUCUACAAGUGUAGCAUUGUUGGCUACCAAGACACACUCUACGCACUCGCCCUCCGCCAAUUCUACAGAGAAUGUGACAUUCAUGGCAGCCUCGACUUCAUCUUCGGAAACGCCGCCGCCGUCUUCCAGAGUUGCAAUCUUAUCUUGCGCAGGCACAAGGGCUAUGUUGCUAUCCUGGCAAGCGGGAGGUCCGACCCGGGGCAAAAGACGGGCUUCUCUGUCCAGAACUGUAGGAUUCUGCCCGGGUCAGACUUAUCUCCUGUUAAACAUUCCUACAGUUCGUAUCUUGGGAGGCCAUGGAAGGCCUACGCUAGAGCCGUGGUGAUGCAGUCCAACAUAGACGACGUUAUCGCUCCCAGAGGCUGGGUCGAGUGGCCUGAGGCUGGAGGUUCCAGCCUCAAGUCACUCUACUUUGCGGAGUUCGCAAACAUGGGGCCUGGGGCUGGAGUGGCCCAGAGGGUGCAGUGGCCAGGGUUUCAUGUUAUUGGAGCUGAUAUUGCUGUUGAGUACACUGUAGGUAACUUUAUUGGUGGAACUUCAUGGCUGCCUUCGACUGGUGUGGCUUUUGUUUCUGGCCUCCAUUGAUCCAAUAAUUAGGUUGAAAAGACUUGUUACCUACAGUGAUGAUCGAAGGUCACACCACAUAUGCAAACCUUUUAUAAGAUUGCGACCAAAAUCUACAAAAUAACACUACUAAAAAAAAUUGCAUUUACUUCACAAGUUUACCACAACAUCAUUUUCCGUCGCAAAGAACUGAUUUUAGCGACGAAAGAUAUUCUGUAGUAAAGUUGUGAAAUUUAUGGUCCAUCAUCACCAGCAAAAGGUAAAUAAAACAAUUGAACCUGUACGUAGCUUUAGCUUCAUGUUGCUGUAAUUUGCGUACUGUUUAUAGUAGCUGGUUUGUGAAAUACACUAUAUUUGGUUUAUAUUUAAAUAGAAUAGUUGGUGUGAGUUAUGAACCAA